AUGACUCGAGCCGCUUCGGCGAGUACCAUGGAAAACGAAGUGAUUUCAGCCUGCGAGUUAAUAAAGGAUCGAUUAUACUUCGCAACGCUGAAAACCAAGCCCAAGAGCACUGCGCACACUCACUACUUCUGCAUCGACGACGAGUUCGUCUACGAGAACUUCUACGCCGACUUCGGGCCUCUUAACUUGGCGCACAUCUACCGCUACUGCUGCCGAGUAAACAAGAAGCUCAAGUCGGCCUCGUUGGCAAAGAAGAAGAUCGUGCAUUACACCUCGCUGGAUCCGAGAAAGCGCGUAAACGCGGCUUUCCUCGCCGGCGCGUACCUUAUCAUUCACCUCAGAAGAACGCCUGAUGAAGCGCACCGGCCACUGGUUUCUGGAGGCGGGCCUGCUUAUCUUCCAUUCCGUUUAAUCUCGACCGACAAGAACGAGUGUUGUCAGGAGAAUAGAUGCCAAAAAUCCUCUAGGCGCAGAUUUUCAGCAUUUUUUUCAUACGGCAAAUUGGACAACCUUCUGUUGAGGUCCAACUAUAUCAUACCUGUAUAA